AUGCGCAUCCUUUGUCUACACGGCGUCGGCAGCUCAGGCUCUGUGCUCGAGAGUCAGCUCGAUGCCUUUGUCAAGGCCUCCGAUCCAAGCUAUGAGUUUGUCUACGUAGAUGGCGCUUACCCAUCUGCAAAAGGCCCAGGGAUGGAAGCUGUCGAUGACGAUGAGCCCUGCUGGUCACAUACAGAAAGCUACACCCCCGAGCUCAUGGCUCAGGCGUUGGAGAACCUUCAGGCUACCAUCGACGACCUGGGUCCAUUCAACUGCGUCAUUGGAUUUAGUCAAGGAGCAGCCAUAGCUGUAUCACAUCUGCUUCUUCAGCAGCUGCAGGGUGUGGCUCCAUCAUUCGAGUUUGCGAUCUUCUUUUCCUCUGUGCUAGCCGUGCCCCCCGAUUCGAGGUAUGCCGAGGGGGCCAUAGAAAAGCUCAUCAGCCGCAAGCUAGACUUUGCCGCUGCCGUCGACCUAGGUGAUCUGACGGCCGAUGAACGCGUUCUGGCCGACGUCCUCAUUCGCGUCAUAAGACCGGCCCAGAACCACAACGCCAUGCUCCCUGACUUCGAUCUCGAUGUCUACUCGCGCGGCGAUGGAGCCCAGGCGCCCAGAAUCUUGGUCCCAGCUUUGGUAGAUGAAAAGCUUAGCAUACCGACCGUGCACGUAACUGGCAAACGAGACGCAGACUUUAUGAAAGGUAUGUCAGAGGUCAGUCGCGGGCUGUGUGAUGAGCGCAUGAUGAAGAUCCUGGAGCACCCUGGAGGGCAUCAGCCCCCCCAGGACGCCUUGUCUGUCAGAGCAGCCGUGGGAGCCAUGGAAUGGGCCAUUCGGCAGGCACAGAGGAAAAAUAUGUAUUAA